AUGGUAAUUGAUUCAAUGUUAUCUACAACCACAAAUAAUAGUAGUAGUAGUAGUAGUAACAACAGUAAUAAUAGUAGUAGCAAUGAAAAUGGUAAUAGUUAUAUAAAUCAUAUACAUUCGGUAACUGUAGAAUCAUGGAGAACACGUGAAUCACCUGUUAAAUGGUCAAAGAAACUAUUGGACUUUUUUAAAGUUAGCAAUAAUAAUAAUAAUAAUAUAGGUAGUGGUGGUGGUCGUGGUGGUGGUGAUCAGUCGAUGAGUUAUGGUAGAAUUAUAUGUGAUCUUCUUUUGAAACAGAUGAUGGUUGGACCUUCACCAAGUCCACUGUUAGUGUCCUAUCUGAGGUAUGCUUUGGCGAUGCAGAUGAUCAAUUACACCGAUUUCUUCAACUCGAUGACUGAGCUAUCCACCAACACUCUGAUAUCGAAGAAGCCAAAGCAGUUCAAUACUAUACUAUCGGUACUGGUCGAUGUAGUCAAGAUUCUCGAACUUAAAGCUACUUCCGAACGGUAUAUACAUUUGGAGAAAACACACAGUCAAUCUUCCCACAUCGUGCAAGAGUCCAUUGGUCAACAUCUAGGUGUUAAUGGUACAGCAACAACAACAACAACAACAACAACAGGCGAGAAGAAAUCGACAAAGAAGAAGGAUUUGGUUGCCAAUGGUGUUGUUAUGCUUAAUGGUAAGCAUGGUCAUCAGAAUGGCAAAUCGAUUGCCUCUUACGAUAUGUUAUUGGAUGGUAGCUCCAAGAGAAAGAGAAACAACAAUAAUAAUAUUAGCGGUGAUAACGAUAGUAAUAAUGAUAUUGACGAAGAUAAUGAUAUCAUCACCAACAAUAAUGAUGAUGAUGAAGAUGAUAACAAUAAUAAUGAUAAUGAUAUCAAGAUGGAUGGCGACCAGUUAACAACAACAACAACAACAACAACAAGUUCAUCACCUACAAUGAUGGAUGAAGACCUACAAUAUCUAAAGAAGAGAAAGAAUCAAUUGAAUACUUUUCAAACUAUAUAUGAUACUAAUAGUAGUGAUAGUACAGAGGCAGCGACAACAACAACAACUACAACUACAACCACAACAACCAGUAAACCAAAAUCAACAACAUCAGGAGCAGCAGCAACAACAACAACAACAUUAGAUACCAAUAGAGAUAUAGUUUCGAAAUCAUCUUAUAUUAUGCAAUUGACAUCGAUUGUAAAGCUAGUUGUAUUACUUUUGCAAUCGGUUGUCUCUGCUUUAGAUGAAGAGAUGAAAGAGGGUGGAGAACAGCAACAGCAACAACAACAAACACAGAAAUCCAAACAGUUAAAUGAUAAUGCAUUAGAGUGUAUGGAGAUACUUUCUAAUAUGAUCGGUAACAAUAAGUUGGCUUCUUUCCUGUUGGACUCGAAACAAGAGGUUCCCGUUGUAUUUAGCGAGCUUACAACUUGGCUAGAGAAUUUAAAGAAUAAACUAGGUGCACCAAUAGAUGAAAAUGCAAUGGUAGUUGACGACAACAACAACAACAAUAACAACAACACUUCACUAAAGAGAUUAAUUCAACAACGAUAUUCAAUGUUAUUGACAACUUUACACGACACACUAUUCAUACCAUUCCUACCGAUAAACGAGUCACAAGCACUAAUACAACCUAAUAACAAUAACAACAAUAAUAACAAUAAUAACAAUAAUAAUAAUCAGAAUGAACAGAAUAAUAAUAAUAACGGUAUUAAUUAUAAUAUUAAUCAGUUGUCAACGACAGUCGGUGAAAUCGAUAUUAAUCAAUCGCUAUCGUUACAACUACUGUUUGAGGAGGAGAUCACAGGAUGUGUAUUGAAUAACUCUGUUCUCGACAAUCUCUUCAAAUUCGAUUGGAUUAGAUCGGUGCGAUCCAUUCAUGCUACCAACUACCUCUUUGAACUACUCCGUAUUGCAUUCCAACGACUUACAACCUGCGAUCCAAUGACCAACGAAUAUAGAAAAGUAAAGAUGUUCAUACUCGUUAAAAUACCUUUAUUCUAUAGUAAAUUACUAUCUUUAAAUAACAGCAGCAAUAAUAAUAAUCAAAAUAGUAAUAAUAUCAGUAUAGAAGAUGCACUACUUCAAAUUACACAAAUAACUUCACUCUAUGAUAUGCUAUCAUAUAAUGAGAAUAUUCCACUUUGUCUAUUGCAGACUCUUAUCAAACAAAAUCUAGUUAGCAUCACUGUUUCCAAAGAGAAACUACCGAUAUUCAAUAGCAACGGCGAAUUGGAUCAAUUGGAACUUGAACUACAACAAGCCAACGCUCAAAAAACAGUUGAUGAUAUUAGUAUGGAUUUUCAUAUUCAAUCUUUAUCUGAUAUUGGAUUGGUAAGAGAAUCUUUGUUUUCAUUGAAUGAAAACUCUGAGAUUUAUGACAUUCAAACGCUCAUGUCGGUGUUGCGUACACACUUGAUUGCACCAUUCGAUUUCCAAGAGAAUCUGAUGGCUUUGCUAUUUGAGAGAAUGGAUACUCUGGCCGAUCCGUUGGAGAACAAAAAGGUACUGUCUCAUCUAUUCUCGAUACUCUCUGACCCCCUGAUUCUCGAAACCAUCGAUGUUCAUGGUUAUUCACUAAAGCUAAUGAUUCAUCUCAUACGAUAUUGCGAUGCCAUCGGUACUAUCACCAACAACGAACACGGUGGUAUAUUCAUUCACUCUUAUUUUGCACUACCAUUUAGUAUUCUAUCAACUUUGAUUAUACUUUAUAAUUUAAAAGGAAAUAAAUAUAAUUUAGAUCAACUAUAUAAUCAAAUGAAACAGAAAGACAAUCAAGAUCUAUCCUAUCAGAAUCCUUUUAUUAGAUGGAUAUUCGAUAGUUUCAAAGAUACCGAAAUCAACUUUGGUAACAACUAUAAAGAGGGUACCAACUCUGAGGAUUACCAAAUACUAAAGACAUUGGUAGAGAUGAAUAGAGAGACUUUUUCUUUUCAGAUUUUAAAUGAAUAUUCACCAUGGAAAUUAUCACAUCUGCUACCACAACUACUCUUCUUGUUGUUCAAUUGUCUAGAGAAGAAUCUUAUAUCAUCCGAUGCUAUAGUAGAGAUUAUCUCGAUGGUCAUUGAUAUCGUACCGUAUGCAUCGAUCAUCAUACUCCAAUACCUCGCAAAGAAUCCAAAUACCAUUCCUAUAGAAUUGAUUCUAGGUUGUUUCAUGAAUGCCGAUGGAUCCGAUAGAGAGAACGCUCAUAUAAUUAAUCUUUCAAUUGAUAAUACUAAUAUUCAAAUCUAUCAUUAUAUAUUAGAAACACUUAAUCUUAUUCUAUUCCCAAUAUUAUAUAAAUUCCCAUUUCAAUCAAAUCCAAAUCAUUCGAUUCUCUUUAAUCAAGUUAUAAAUGCACACCAAAAUACACCAAUUCAUUCACAACUGUCAUCACCACAAUCAAUCAUCAAUGAACUGUUCGAGGGAUUCAAAACCAAGUUCUCAGAGAUACCAAAGGAUCUCCUUAUCAACAUUAUAAGUAAGACCGAUAUUAUUCAAUUCAUUCAAUUCACUUCAAAGAAAGUACUCUCUGCAAUCUCUACUACCAAUGAUCUCGAUCAAAAUUCAAUCAUCCAUACAAUUAGAGCUAUUGAACUUGGAGGAUUUAUCAUUGGUAAUCUAGUUGGAAUUGAGGCAAUACCUAUAUUGUUCAAUUCAUUUGUACCAUCAUUCUUUAACUCACUUAUAAACACUCCAUACAAAGCACAAUACCUUGCCUACUUUUGUCAGAAUGUAUUUAUUCACUCAAAUUGUCAAUUUUAUAUACAAAUUAAUGAUCAAUUUAUUAAAAAAGCUAUGACUAGUUUCUUCCAACUUUUGAGUGACAGUGCAAAGAGAUUACUUCCAGACAAUGAUCCACAACAUGCAUUCGUAUUAUCAAUGAUUUCACAAUUUAUACAUAUGAACAAAUCACUUAAUCUCAUUUCAGUUGGCAAUAAUAACAACAACAACAACAAAGAUAAACAACAAAAAAUUUCAGUAUUCUCCAUUUUAUCAAUGGAUAAAAUCGAUCAACUAUCAAAAUCCAUAACUUAUAUUUCCAACUAUUUUAUGGCUGCAUCCAUUUAUGAAUAUAGAGAUGAUCAUCAUCUCUAUAAUAAUAAUAUUAAUAAUAACUAA